AGCUUUCAACAAGAAACACUAAUUUCUAAGUAUUCAUAUUAAAUGCUCUGCAAUCUGCAUGAUGAUAUUUUACUGUGGAGAGUUAUAAAUACAAUAAGCUUCACAAGCCCUUAUAUUCAUUUCCUUGACCUUAGUACUCCAAUUCUCUCUGGAAUAGAUUCUCAGCAUCAGCAUUAAUAUCCAUUUUACUUGAGAAAUAUCUCGUUUAAUUCGGACAUGAGUAAAUACAACUAUCCUCAGGCUCCAGUGGUAUAUCCGCCGCCACCCACAUCAUAUCCUCCUCCACCGGGUGCAUAUGUUCCACCAGGUCAAGUUUAUCCUCCUCCACCUCCACAUCCUGUUGCUGCACAUCUAUCCUAUCCGCCACCGGUCCAAGCCGACUACUCGCAAGGUCCUUUUGUUGCACCACCACCCGUAGGUUACCCCAUGAAAAGUGGUCCUGGUUACCCCCAACAAUCAACCCCUCAUCCAAAAACUAAGCACAGGGGAGGGUUUUGGAAGGGAUGUUGUGCUGCCAUGUGUUGCUGCUGCCUCUUGGAUAUCUGCUUUUAAGGAUUUUAUAUUCUUUACCGAUAUGCUUCCUCUCUCUUUCAAAAUGACUCUAUUUUCUGUCUAUUUUCAUUGUAUUUGACCAGAUUUUUGCUAUGUUCUUUAAAUUUUUUUCACUUUACAGAGUCGGUAAAUAGGUUAUGUUAUCGAGGAUACUGUAUUUGGAUCAUGGAUCUCAUGGCUAUAUAUUUUUCUAUUCUAAGACU